AUGACUGUGGAUCUCGACAAAUACGCCCGGCCAGGCAGAAACUACUACCUCGCCUUGGGCCUCGAGGGCCUGGCCAACAAGUUGGGCGCCGGCGUCGUCAAGCACCCCGUGGGCCCGCUCGCCGGCGCCAGCCGGGCUCAGGUGCUCUCGAACAUCCGAGACACCUAUGUCACGCCGCCAGGAGAGGGUUUUUUGCCCCGCGACACGGCCCGGCAUCACCGCAACUGGGCGGUGCGCACGGUCAAAAAGGCCAUGGCCGAGGCGGGCGUCUGUGGCGCCGAGCUCGACUGCAUCUGUUUCACACAGGGCCCCGGGAUGGGCGCCCCGCUCCAGAGCGUGGCCAUUGCGGCACGGGCGCUCGCGCUUCUCUGGGGCCUCCCGCUCGUGGGCGUCAACCACUGCGUGGGCCAUAUCGAGAUGGGCCGCGAGAUCACGCGCGCACAGAACCCCGUGGUGCUCUACGUCAGCGGCGGCAACACGCAGGUGAUCGCGUACUCGAAGCAGCGGUACCGGAUCUUCGGCGAGACGCUCGACAUUGCCAUCGGCAACUGCUUGGACCGCUUUGCGCGCACGCUCCGGAUCCCCAACGAGCCUGCGCCGGGCUACAACAUCGAGCAGAUGGCCAAGAGGGGCCGGCGCCUCGUGCCUUUGCCGUACACGGUCAAGGGCAUGGACCUCUCCAUGUCCGGCAUUCUCGCGCACGUCGACGGCGUGGCCAGGGACAUGUUCGGCGGCGCGCGGACGCCGCUUGGCCCGGUCACGCCCGAGGACUUGUGCUUCUCGCUCCAGGAGACGCUCUUCUCCAUGCUCGUGGAAAUCACCGAGCGGGCCAUGGCGCACGUGCAGAGCAACCAGGUGCUCAUUGUGGGCGGCGUGGGCGCCAACGAGCGGCUCCAGCAGAUGAUGGCGCUCAUGGUCCGCGACCGCCAGAACGGGUCGGUGUUUGCCACGGACGAGAGGUUCUGCAUAGACAACGGCAUCAUGAUCGCCCAUGCGGGCUUGCUAGCGUACCGCAUGGGCCAGACGACCCAGUUGGCGGACACCGUGUGCACGCAGCGGUUCCGCACGGACGAGGUCCAUGUCGAGUGGCGAGACGACUAG